CAGAAGUUUCAUUGGAGGUUGAAAGGUUAAGCGAUCAUCGAAAGGCGAUUAAUUAAAAUGAUGUGUUUGGCUUUGUAUAACUUCUAAUUUAUGGACAUAAAAGAAUCAUGUGUGUGUAUCCUGUAUUGUUUGAUGUAUCUAUAAUUUAAAAAAGGAUGCCCCUCUUGCGAAACUUUUGCAUUUCUGGCACAAAUGUCCCAAAAGUUUAGCUGCUUUAUGUUUCUUUGAUAUGGUUGGUUUCGUAACUGGCAAUAACAAAAUGGUCUCAAUCUAUCGUAUCGAUUUCCCAUUCCAUAAAACCGGCUGCGUUAAGCUGUUUAAACGGAGUCUUUGUGCCAAACACUAUGGAUUAUCGCGCUUGGCAGUGGCCGCUCGUAUUUCUCACACUGUGGAGCCUUGCUCAAGCCAAGCGACCCUUUAAAGUUGAGCUGCACAACUUUACCUGUAGUAUUUUUGAUCCCACAAUUGGAAAAGAACUAACCUGUAUCCUGCAUCGGAAGCGCGAUGCUCCCACCGUAUCUGUGCUUUUCAGUCUAUACGAAACCCAGAAUGAGUUCAGCAUUGGCUUUCAAAUGGAUCUGCUCAAAAAGGAUAAUACCAAGAUGAACAUAGCAAACAAUAAACUCGAUGGCUGCAAGUUUCUGGGCUCCAUUUACGGCAACAAUAUUUACAGAAAGUUCUUUAAACGUAUUCAAAGCGUCAGCAAUUUACCCAAAAAUUGUCCAAUUCGCGGCCAGCUCUAUGCAAUACGCAACUAUACAAUGCUUGCUGAUGAGCUGCCACCAAAUUUGCCCGCAUUGACAUAUCAGCUACGACUGAAAAUAAUAAAAGCUGAUCAUGUUGUUGCCGAUGUCCUUGUUGUCGGCAAAAUCAUCCAUUGAAAUGUGCUUCUUCUUAACAUUUUUUUAAUAACAGACAUGCAUAUAGUCUUACAAAAACAAACGCUAUGCAUAAUAAAGAACUGACGCAGGUUUCUUGACUAGAUUUGAACGGCUUAGCAUUUGUCAGAAUGUUCAGAAUUGCUGGACAAGAGUGUCCGACUAGCAAAUGCCCUGUCGUAACCCCUCCUAAAAGUCUAGGGGGGAAGUAGUUAAAGUCUGUCAGAUGGAUAUGGCUGGAUCGUCUUAACUGUUGAAUCCGAAUAAUAGUAUAUGUAUUUCUUUAUAGAGUACAAAUUGUCUGCUAAUGCGCGAGUUAAAGUCAGUCACCCAUUUUCCUUAUGUACAGGGUGUUCAAAUUACGCGCAAGUAAGAUUAGGUAUAAGUCACGCAGCCUACAAGUGUGCAACGCUUUUUAUUGCUGCGGCGAAUGAAUCUGUGUACGUUGAGGCUGUGGCGCGGCGAAUUGUAGAAGGAAUUUUUGCAGUGUUGUAAAGCGCAUACGUUCGUUUGCCCUUAACCGCAACUGUGAAACGGGUAACGUUGCCCAUAGCAAUCAGCUUUUCAGCAUAGUUUAAGGUGGCGCUAAAUUUGAAAUUAAAAAAAGUUUUACAAGCAGCAAAAUUUA